GUGGCGCUCAAAAUGCCAUGUGCGCUACAAUGGCCUUGAAUCGCUUCAGAUAUCCUCAUUUUACGAGGACGCUAACAGACUUUGCGUUUUCAAAAUACCGUUCUAGAAAUGAAGGCAGCGCAAGGUGCUUGCACGCUUGUUCCUCGCCUACAAUGUCUCUCAUACCCAUAGUACUAGACAAAACCACACAUGGCGAGCGAGCUUUCGACAUAUACUCACGAUUAUUAAAAGACCGUAUCAUUUGUCUUAUGGGGCCAAUCAAUGAUGAGAUAGCUGGCCUAGUUGUCGCACAGCUUUUAUAUCUUCAGUCUGAAGACAAGAAAGUCCCUAUUCAUAUCUACAUUAACAGUCCAGGAGGAGUUGUUACUGCUGGCCUGGCGAUAUACGAUACUAUGCAGUUUAUAAAGCCUCCAGUUGCAACUUGGUGUGUAGGUCAGGCUAGCAGUAUGGGUUCUUUGUUGCUAGCUGCUGGUGCUCCGGGUUUACGGUUCGCUCUCCCUCAUUCACGAAUAAUGGUACAUCAACCAUCCGGUUCUGCCCAUGGCCAGGCUUCUGAUAUCAAAAUCCAAGCUGAAGAGAUUUUAAAGAUGCGUAAGAUUCUUAAUGCUAUCUACGGGCGGCAUACAAAGCAAUCACAAGAGGUAUGUUGGAGAUAAUAGAUGCAAGCGUGCAACUUCUAAAAGAUCAGGUGAUCGAGAAGUGGAUGGAUCGUGAUUAUUUUAUGACAGCAGACGAAGCCGUUUCUUGUGGAAUUGUUGAUACAGUCUUACAUGAAGCUCCUGCGGAUCAUUCAAAAGAACUUGAACAUUCUAAGUCACUGGGCUAAUUCUUGAAGCAGUAAAUUCAAGCGGAAUGUGAACAUGAAUUUUAUCACAACUAUUAUUUUGUAUAUAUCGCACUCCACACAAUGUAAACAGAGUAUUUCUCAGGGAAACAGUAUUCCAGAAAUAUAUACCUCUGUUCUAUAUGUAGUCGUGUUCUGUUUCUCUUGCAUGUGACUUGAUUUUUGUGUAAGAUCAUGCAUCAUUUAUCAAUUUUUUUAUGCAUCUUUGUGUGACUCCGUGACUGUUGGUUGAUUUUUUGUUUGCCAUAGUUUAUCGCUCAUUUGUAAUAAUAUAAUUAUCAGUGCUCCACAGUAGAAUAAUCCAACUAGUAUUUUUUUGGAGUGUACAUAUUUUUUUUAAAAACUUAAUCAUUAGUUAGUUAAUUAACAAUUACUGAUACCCAUCGAUGAGUAGUUAAAUGUGUGUGACCCGUUUCUGUUAGCAAUAUAUGUUGGCUUUCUCACAUUCUGCAAAAUUAUUUACCAACUUUGAGUGUUAAUAAAUCAGUUUAGUACCUGUCCAAAAUGUUAGUAAUAGUUGAUUGACGUGUGGACAUGAGUACAGCUAUUUCCUGUAUUACUGCUAUUUGUACUGUGAAUGUACAUUUCUCUCCUGUUACUCAGGUUUACAUAGAUGCUAAGUUUUUCUGUCAUUCAUGUAGUUAAACCUAUUUUUUCCAACUGUAAGUUUUAUUUGGCGUGGUAUUUGCACUUUGGUGGCUCAAGGUGAGCAUUCAGUAAGUGUAUGUAUGCAUGCCAUACAUGAAGCAUAUUUAUUCUCAUUAUUAGUAGUUCGGUGCUUAUAGUAUUACUGUAUAUAGCAUCGUUAGUAUCUCGUCUUAUCUGCCCUGGACUAAAAGUUUUCAAAGAGCGGUGUGACUUUUUAAGCAUAGACAUGAUUUGUAUCUUUGAAUGUUAAUUUAGCCUUUAGUUGAGUAAAGCUGAUGUAAUAAAUGGUUUAAUCCUUUGGACCAACCAGUAUUGGCUAAAGAGGUAUGUUGAAAUAAAAGCCAUGAGAUUCAGAUCGUUGGGCCAUGCGAAGUCGGUUACUUAAGAAGUAUAGGCUAAAACCACGAGUUAGUCUCACAUGGAUCAAAGAAGUCGGAUAGGUGUUUGGGGCUGCUUGUUGGUGAAAUUUUAGCACACAAGUGGUCUGGCAUCAUUCAACAUCUACAACUAACUUUUCACAAUACAUUACAGCCAUAUGUAUAUGUAUAGCCGUCAAAUAUGUCAUACUUUGCAGAUGUUAAGAGGAAAAUUACCAGGCAACAUUUUUGGAUGCAAGUAUUUUUUUGUGGCAAAAUCACAAUUAGAAAUUCUGGAGUUAGUCUGACUACUAGGUAGAAAUAUCAAGUUGGUAAGGUUAUAAACAUGCCCCAACUUAGUUGGAUUAUCUGGGGUAGAGUUGCGUUAGGAGAAAGUUAAAUGUCAAUACAAAGGCAUGGUGUCCUUUUAUGAAAUUUCCAGCGGUUGGUUCGAGGUAUGAAGGUAGGUGCUCUACUAAGAUUCGUUUCAUCUUAUUUUGCAGCAAAACAAAGUAUGUGGACUAGUGGUUUUCUACUUUUGAAGUGUAGUGGUAUUAACUGGCCAUAUUCAGCUUUCAGCCAUUUGGGAGUUCUCUUCAUUUAAUGAAGUAUUGCUACAUCAUUUGGGUAAAGGAUAGAGGGUUAAAUGGCUUUACUUGUUGACUGCCACGUAUUUCGGAAGUUGCAUCAAACUUAAUCGACUAGUUAACGAAGUAUCAGCAUGGAUACGGAUUCGUCUGAAAUUUACCAAAUUUCAUCGUCUGUGAUACCGGCAAGAUACCCUAGUGUAGUGCAUAGUGAUCCUCUGUUCAAAGUUUACAGUUGUGAAACAUGGACAAUGAGGAAAGAAGGCAUGAAAAAACAGACGAAUGACUUUAGGCACCUUCGUUCAAUUGUUCAUUUUAAGUUAAAUAGCAUGUUAAGUAAUGUCAUCAAAUGUAAAGUGCUAGUUAGGGAUGUUAAGUCAGUUUCUUAUGUACUGAGGUGGUUGAGAAAUGCCUUAUACAUCCUUAGUCACUAACCUCGUUGAAGAAUGUUGGCAGCAGUCGAUGAAGUCAUUGACUGUUGGAUUAAGACUCAUAGGCAGGUGUAGAGUGCCUUGCUAGGGGUCUCGGGAUCCUAAGAAUUAGUUUUUAGAGAGUUGGUAGUAUGGCUCUCACUUGCUAUCAGCGACGCAGAUAUAGUCAUUCUUCCUCAUCUCCCAAGCUAUAAAUAUCUCCACUGGUCGUUACUUAACUAUCCUUUCCGUUGCACCCAUAUUUAUACAUGGUAAUAUCACCAUGCUUGUGUUCUGUCUUUUACGUGUGCCUUUUCGAAAUAUGGCAAUUGGAACUGAUGGCCUUAUGUGCAAAGUUGUUUGCUGACUUUGUAAUAACUCUGUCUUUCUGUAAAAUGAAGCAUAUAAUUUUCAUCGCCAAAAUGAGUUUCACUACUAUUUUCAGCCUUGUGACGUCGCUAUAAUGAUGAUGCCUAUUCUCUUUUGCGGUCUGUUGCUACUCAUAGUUUUCAGCAAAACGUAGUGACUGUUUUUCUCUCGUAUUUUUGGCUAAUUUGAAUGAUUUUUUGAAUAAGUCAAUUCAGAUAAUUCAUCUAAAAUGUACUACAUUUCGCCUGACUUAAGUUGCGAGUUACUGACCAUUUCCAUUUAUCUUGCCACAGUAGACUAAACAAUUUACAGUUACAGUUGAUUCAUUUAGCACAUUUGUGCAUACUUUUGAAACUCGAUCACUCUGCUGGCAUAAACUGAAUUUCCAGUUGUUUGUGAUUGGCAUCCCAGUUCUAGUAAAUCAGCUGUGGAAACAAGUAAAACUAAUGAGUAGUUUGCAACUUUGUUUAUAGACUGGUCCUUUCGGAAUAGGAUCGACAUUGUUUAAAUUAUAAUAGAAAGAUUUUUAGCCGG